ACGAUCUUCGGUGGCAGUGUUAGCUCUGACGCGUCUCUCUGGGAAGAAGACUCGCAUCUUUUCUCCUGGAUGAAACGUCUCCGUAGCGGAAAACGACGGUGAAGUUAGCUUUCGAUUCACCAGAAAGGUAACUAAUGGCUGAUGAUGAGUCCCUGAGCCCGAGUUUUAACAUGGAUGGUGCACCUUAGCCAGCGUAAACCACUUUUGCUGAGUAUCUCUUUGACAUCACCCACAGACUGGAUGACGGGAGAUGAGACACUGCAGCCUUAGACCGCAUCAUGAGUAUCCAGAGUCUGGGAGGAGCUAUAGGGGACUCCCUGGGCUCUAGCCUGACAGUGCGUAUGAGCGGAGCAGGUGGCGGGUGGAGUGCUCUCUCCCUGAAACCUGUUUCCUCCGGGCGGAUCGCCUCUCUUUUCCAGACCAUGGUGCCCACCGGGUAUACCAAGCUACAAGAAGAGCGGCUGGCUAUGGUGGACCUUGGAGCUAAACCCGAGGCCAGCUCGCUCCAGAACGGCUACAGACAAGAGACGUCUCACAUAGAGGGCCGACGGCUCCUGGACCGGGCCUCUCGGUCCUCUGUGACUUUAUCUGACUGUGGAGAUGGAGGCUACUCUGAGACAGAGCCCAUGUUGGCUGAGAGGAGGCUCUCCGGGGAGGAGGCUGACGAGGAGGAGGAAGAGGAUGAGGAGGCAGGGCUGGGAUCUGCUGUGCAGAAUAUGCCCAAGGAGUCGCCUCUGGCUAUGGCAUUGCAGAUCCUCGUGCCUUUCCUGCUAGCUGGAUUUGGAACAGUAUCAGCUGGAAUGGUGCUGGAUAUUGUGCAGCACUGGGAGGCGUUCCAGUACAUCACGGAGAUCUUCAUCCUGGUUCCCGCGCUGCUCGGCCUGAAGGGAAACCUGGAGAUGACUCUGGCAUCCAGGUUGUCCACAGCGGUGAAUGUGGGUAAGAUGGAUUCUCCCAUAGAGAAGUGGAAUCUAAUCAUAGGAAACCUGGCACUGAAGCAGGUUCAAGCCACUGUGGUGGGUUUCCUGGCAGCUGUAGCGGCCGUGGUUCUUGGUUGGAUCCCUGAGGGGAAGUUCCAGUUAAACCAUGCUGUGUUGCUCUGCUCCAGCAGCGUGGCCACGGCCUUCAUAGCCUCCCUGCUGCAGGGUAUCAUCAUGGUGGGUGUGAUUGUGGGUUCAAAGAAGACAGGCAUCAACCCAGACAACGUUGCAACACCCAUCGCGGCCAGUUUUGGUGACCUCAUAACCUUGGCGAUCCUGGCCUGGAUAAGCCAAGGCCUCUAUAAGUGCCUGGAUUCCUAUCCGUACGUGUCGUCACUGGUUUGCGCUUUCUUCAUGUGUCUGACUCCUCUGUGGAUCGUCGUCUCCUCCAAGCACCCAGCCAGCCGCACCCUGCUCUACUCCGGAUGGGAGCCAGUCAUCACUGCCAUGGUCAUCAGCAGCAUCGGAGGACUCAUCCUGGACAAAACGGUGUCUGACCCAAAUCUGGCUGGCAUCGUGGUGUACACGCCGGUUAUCAACGGUAUCGGGGGUAACCUGGUGGCCAUUCAGUCCAGCAGGAUCUCCACUCACCUGCAUUUCCACUGUGCUCCUGGGGAGGUUCCAGAUGAAGCUAAGGGCUGCUACUACCCCUGCCGCACAUUCUUUGGUACAGGGGCCAAUCACCGAUCUGCUCAGGUGCUCCUCCUUUUGGUGAUCCCUGGUCACUUGAUCUUCCUCUACACCAUUCACCUGAUGAAGAGCGGACACACCACCCUGACACCCAUCUUCACGUCUGUCUACCUGGCUGCUGCUCUGCUGCAGGUGUUGCUGUUGUUGUGUAUAGCAGACUGGAUGGUGCACUCGAUGUGGCGGAGCGGCAAAGACCCGGACAGUUUUUCCAUCCCUUACCUGACUGCUCUGGGUGACUUGUUGGGCACCGCCCUGCUGGCACUCAGCUUCCACUUCCUGUGGCUCAUAGGCGACCAGGACAGCGACGUGGGCGACUGAGGCGGCCUUUAACGCUGUCUGCCAUCCAACUUCUCACGCCCUUUAGCCUUGUGGGAAUGUGGGUGUUUUCUGUCGCCGGCCAGCACAUUCCUCUGCUUCUCUAUCUGGAUGAAACUUCACUUAAGCCACAUGAUGGUUUGGAAAAAAAUCUGACUAUUUUCUUCCCUGACAUUUUUUUACUCUCCACAACUUUGAUCUGCGUUGUUUGCACCAAAGCACUUGCAUAUUGUCUUGCUGGUCUUGUUAAGGAGAGCAGGAAAACACCAGCCACCACCCACAACGCUGAGGAAUCCUUGCUGUUGGCAAGGUGGUCUACUCUGCCAGCCAAGCAUCAGUCGGAGGUCCUCUACUUAACAAAAAUCUCUUUGGCUGGUAUAUAUUUUCGGGAUUUACCACCCACCGUCACACAAAAUUUGUUACUUGCCCUUUGUAUUACUGCUUUGCAUCAUCGCAUCAGUGGAGGGACUCAGAGACUGUUGGGGUGGAGGCCAUGAAAAGGAAAGUGUGUUGUUGUUUUGUUCCAGAUCAAUUCUUCAACACACUUCGACCUGCCAUUUUAGCAGCUCUACCAGCACCAGAGUUUAAAGGGAGUAACACGAACUUGUUUUGUUGGUACGAAAAAGUCUGCACUUUUGUCUUGCGUCUACCCUUUUAGUUGUUUGUUGCUUCACAAGUGUCUGAACUCACUCAGUCUGUACAAUAGAGUUAUGGUUUUCAUAUGUCUGUAUUUUUUGUUUUCCUACACUGUUAUCCUCUGCAAGGUUAAGGCUGAAGCAUUCUUCUUUCCCAGGCUGCACGAAAGCAAACAUACACAAGUGUCACUAGGAGACAUUUGCAUGGCUGUUUUCUUUUACACUCGUACCAACUUGAACAUUUUUUUUCUGCCUUCUAACAGGACAUCAGGAUCAGGGGUUUCUCAGCCAUUUAGGCUUUGAGGGACCAGAAAACAAAUCAUGUCCAGUCAUGUGGACCAAUACUACAACUCUGAGAGCAUUAACAGAGCGUCUGAUGACUUCAUGCCAAGAUUUAGUCUAAAGAUUAAAUCUUUACAGGAACAUGAACGAGAUAAAACUGCAAGUGCAUUAAAGACUUACAAGAUUCUCAUUUUAUAACAAGCCAAAUUGAUGCAUUAAAAAGUCAGCUGGAAACAGCAUUUUCAACCAACGCAUGCAGCAUGCCAGAGUUGGUUGCAGGCUAGAAAUGAGAAGCUGCUUUUGUCUACUACUGUCUGAAAUCAAGGACCUGUUGUUUAAAAAAUUACUAAGAAUUUUGAUGGUCAGUCUGCUCCCAUUAUGAACUGUAGAUGUAGCAACAGUAACUAAAGGGAGCAGGAAUUAGCAAACGGGAACUUACUACAUUGGAAUUGAUCCACAGAGAUAUUUAGGGCUGUGUUUUUGUGGAGGCGCAAUGACCAGCGCUCCAACUGUUUGGUAUUUUCCUGACCUUGAAACUCGCUUUGCGCGUCUGUGUUGUAUUUUGGUGCUCAGCGCAGAGUGUACACGGUGCACAGGUGGGAGGAGAGGGGCAGACAGGUGGGAAGGUUCAUUCAAAUGAAGCAGCGCAAAGACAGUAUCUGUACUGUAUGAGCAGCUUCUCUUUCAGUUGAUUAAAUCCCUGCAGCAUCUGAAGGCAGCAGGACUGAUAUGUUGAUAAAUCCGCAGCCUCCGAUUAGAGAAGUGUCGUGCCAAAGCGCAGCGCCGUUACGCACGGCCGUUCACUGUUUAACUUCAUUACAUCGCCUGAAAACGACAUCAGGCUGCUACAGUAAAACCACACACACCUCUACACACAUCAGACUGGUCGGUUAGAACUCGAUGUUCUGCUUUUUAUGAAGGAGACAUCAGGUUAGCAGCUCAUCAGCCUCUUUUCCAACUUUCUUUUUUUAGCAAAAGUAGCAUCUGGUGUUUUAUCCUUGAAACACAUUGUAUAACAUUAAUAACUAUGUGAGCAUGUAUGAGGUGAGAUACAUUAGGCUAUGAUUACUGCUGAAAUAGCAUCAUGCAAACGGCUUCACCAAAUCCAUAUUUUUGUAUUUCAAUCAUCAUCAUAGUAACUAGCUGAUGAAAACAACUACUCCAUCUGUCUUUGGCUGCAGAUUUGUGGUGAUGUGUGUUCACGUUCAUGUCAUGACGCUCUGAACUGUCCAGACAUUUCCUGAAGAAAAGCUUCCUGUUUGUUGAGCUGUCGUCAUCACGUUUUAACUGUGAUUGGCACGACUGUUUCGGAGCUAUGACAGCAGUGAUGUGACUGGCUUAGAGAGUAUUUAAUAAUCACCACACUUGCUGAUCUAUGUUCACCUUCACUCGGCCCUUUUGCAUGUUGCGCUGCUACACAGACAUGAACCAAAAUAACAGGUUCGCAUGAAGACGCCCACACGGUCCGUGCGCCUGCCACCUUACGCUUGUUGUUGCACUUGCGCGGUUAAAAUAGAGCCCUUGUAUAUUUGCAACCACUCAUCUUUUCCAGCCUUAGCCACCUGAUAUCUUCUGUAAAUUGCCAACAGCCCUUCCCCGACACUCGUGUAAAACAAACCAUGUAUUCCUCUGUAUAUUAUGACAACCUCCUCAGUUCUCUCUCAUUAAUUUCCUGUGUUUGUUUGUCCUGUCUUCUAUUCUUGGCGGGUGCCUGGUUGUUGCACACGGAACAGAAGCAGUGCAUCAGUCCAGCAUGACCAUUUACAUUCCACGCUGGAUGUUUACAUGCCAAUCACAUGUUGUUUACACUCAUGCAUAGUGUCUACAUGCUCGCACGCCAUUAAUCAGCAGUUUUCAUGUCAGCAUAGUCUGAUUUUCAUCAUCAUAUCAACUAAUAUAAUCACUGAUAGCGUAAUCUGAUUAAUCGCUGCAUUUCUGGUCAAUUCCGCUCACUUUUUCAGACUAUGAGAUGUGUUUAAAAGGUCAGAGAAGAUUGAUCCAGAUCAGGCUACUGGAUUAUUAAAUCAGUCCCUCUAUCUCCAGGAGGAAUGACAUUAAAACUCUUAAAUCAAGCCACCAUCUUAAUCAGAUCAUUCAGCAGCAUAUUGCGUGCAUGUGGACGUAGCCGGUGGCUCUCUUCAACUCCAAUAUGUGCCUCUUGAGAUUCACUGGUUGACAAGGUAUUUUUCUCUGUCAUGCCAUUAAUGCAAUUUUCUUUCUACUGCAUUGUAAUACUGUGCAAUGAUUCCUUUUUGUACUCACUUUCUGUUCUGAGACGAUGACUAUUGUAUUUUUUUUUUUUAAAGUUUCAUUCCAAAAUGAGAUAUCCAUCAUUUUAAUUAUUGGCAUGAAACUGCUUACAGAUAUUAUGGAAGUUUGGGGUUCAAAGUGUAUGCAUAUCCUUUUGGAAUGAAACCCUUUCUUUGCUUUUGUGGCUCAUAUGGGCAUAAAAUGUCUAAAUAAAUGCCCUUCAAUUGAAAAGCA